GUCACUACUUUCUGAAGGCCCCGCCCAGUCCAACAGGAAGACAACAGACCUGUAGUGGGAUGCUAAUUUGAGGCUGCUGGCGCUAAUUAUACGUACAGUUUUCGUCCAAAGCCGACGCAGCUUUUAAAAUGCCAUUAUUUGAUGGGCUCGGAAGCGGAGGAGAGAAGACUGCGAUUGUUAUUGACUUAGGAGCAGCAUACACAAAAUGUGGCUUUGCAGGGGAAACGGGGCCCAGGUUCAUAAUUCCGAGCGAGAUCCGCAAACCGGGACAGCAGCAGGCAGUCAAAGUGGUUCAGUACAACAUCAAUACAGAAGAGCUUUAUGUCAUUCUCAAAGAGUUUAUCCACAUACUGUACUUCAGGCACCUUCUGGUGAACCCUCGCGACAGAAGAGUGGUCAUCAUCGAGUCCAUCCUCUGCCCAUCCCACUUCAGGGAGACACUCACAAAGGUUUUCUUCAAACAGUUUGAGGUGCCAUCUGUGCUAUUUGCUCCCAGUCACCUCAUGGCCAUCAUGACUUUAGGCAUCAACUCUGCACUUGUGAUGGACUGUGGUUACACAGAGACGCUGGUGCUGCCCGUUUGUGAGUGUACUCCUAUUUUGCCAGCCUGGGAAGCUUUGCCUCUGGGAGGAAAAGGCAUCCAUAAGGAGUUAGACAGCUUUCUCGUGGAACAGUGCACCGUGGACACAGACACAACCACAGGGCAGAGCGUACAAGCCGCCAUUGGGACUAUCCCAGAAGAAACAGUGGAAGACAUCAAGGUGAGAACUUGCUUUGUCAGUGACCUGCAAAGGGGCCUCAAAAUCCAAGAAGCCAAAUUUAACUUGGAUGGCACAGCAGAGCGGCCCGCCCCUCCUCCAGAUGUCGAUUACCCGCUUGAUGGAGAGAAAAUCCUGCAUAUCAAAGGAUCCAUCAGGGACUCAGUGAUGGAGAUUCUGUUUGAACAGGACAACGAGGAGAAGAGUGUGGCCACUCUGAUACUCGAUACUCUGGUUAAGUGCCCCAUCGACACCCGUAAAGUGCUCUCUGAGAACCUGGUGGUGAUCGGAGGCACCGCCAUGCUGCCCGGCUUCCUGCACCGCCUGCUGGCAGAGAUUCGCCUCCUGGUGGAGAAACCCAAAUACAGUAACGUGCUGGCCAGCAAGAGCUUCCGUAUUCAUUCUCCCCCUGCAAAGCCCAACUGCACUGCGUGGCUUGGAGGUGCCAUCUUUGGAGCCCUUCAGGACAUCCUAGGCAGCAGGUCUGUGUCACGGGACUACUACAACCAGAUGGGGCGAAUCCCAGACUGGUGCUGCUUGAGCUCCCCUCCUCCCGAGUCUUUGUAUGAAGCAGGAAAGACCCCUCCUCCACUGAUGAAGAGAGCCUUCUCUACAGAGAAGUAGAAUAUAUUAAUUCCAACAUUUCAGUAAUCUGUAACAUAACAUCACAACACUUGAAGUUCACUCUUAACGACACAAACAGCUCAACGUGUUUUUAAUGUCAGGUCAUCAACCUUACAGUUAUUGUAUGUGUUUUUAUUUUGACUGUUUGAUCAGGCAAGCAGAGUUUUGGAAAGAAUAUCAAAAGAAAAGAGCAGAUGUUUGGAUUUUUCAGCAUUUGGAAUAUUUUUGCACAUGAAUUCUCGCUCUAUUAAAUCUGGAAUAUUGUCUGAGCUCCACGAAGCUGCGUCUUCUGUUAAAGCCUCAUUUAGCGAGAUGCUAAAUCUGUAUGUACUUCUCUCACUCUGAUCCACACCUCCUGUUUUAUUUUUUUUUUGGUUGGUUUUUUUGUUUUAUUUUUUAUUUUCCUGUACUGUUUUUGCACUUAAAGUGAGUCGCACAAUCCACUGAAAAGUUUCUAGUCACUACCAAGGUAAACUUAGUCAUUGAUUUGUCAGCAGACUUACAGAAAAUGCUGCUGUGUAAGUCAUUUAUUUUGGUCACAAGCUACGCUUCCUGCUUCUAUUUAGUGGGUCAGCGUGAUGCAAAGUGUUUGCCCACACGUACGCAAUAUUGAUGAAGUGUAAUCAGGCUGAGUAACUGAGAAGAUUUGUGUGUGUGUGUGUGUGUGUGUGUGUGUGUGGUGUUUUAUCGUGUUGUUCUGUAGUCCUCAAACCCUGUGGAAAUACACAGUCAAACAUGCUUUCAGUGAUUUUUCUCCCAUGAAAAGUGGUAACUGUGAUGUUUUAUAAAUAAAUAUCCAGACUGACAGGAGGAUGUUUGUGUAGUUCUGGGAUUAAAAAAGAAAAAUGAAGAAAUUGAGUUAUAUCCACUGCCUCUGCACUCGUGCUGCACUGUGUUUAGAUGACGGUGUAGGUUAUGUUCUUAUUCAGCCCUGCCCCGACACACUGUUAAUGCCUGCAUGUCCUGGAACCGAGUCACAUCUGUUUGGCCUUUUGGGUCACAUUAAUCACUCAGUGCUGCUCUGUCUGACGGCUUGGGAACCAGUAGCAUUUACCCACAAUGCACCUGUAUAUCAAGACUGGCAAACAAAAUUGUGGGAAAUCAAAUGUUUGGAUUUCAGUGACAGGAAUAAACACUGAGUGAUGCAGAUGAAA